CGUUAUGCGGGAGGGUUUGCCUACACCCAUAUGUGCGGACGUAUGCAUGAGAGAGACAGAGUGACGGGAGAGAAAGAGGAGACUGUCUAAAUAUCACAGCUCCCUUUCACGAAAAGCACUCCUUCAUUCCCGCAACUGAGGAUGGAACAACUGGAUCGCAACGCGCCCCCGUACCCAUCAGCAAUUAAGAGCGAGCGAGCAAUUGUUGUCUUUUAAGGUAACGAACGCGCGCGUACCUGACAUAUCUUUAACGCUUAAGAGUGCACGUUUAGAUACAUUUGAGGCUUUUCCCCUCAUCUAUCUUUUCAAGCGUGGCGCACCGUUUCUGUGGAUUAUGUGAAGGUGGCUGCUCGAAGCUGAGAACGGAGUGCGUCAAGUGAGCGCACGUAUCCAACAAGUGGAUGCAUGGAAUUGCUCGCAGCAAACAAACGCCGGGACUAAAAACACAAACAACCAGUGCAUUGAUGAGCUACAAAUCUGAGUACCGAUUGAUCGGUAUCUAACCUGCAGAUGUGGAGCUUGUCUUGGUUGGUGGUGAUGUAUAUAUGUGCGCAUUGUCUCGGCCUGAGUCAUUGACCAAAAGCAAGAUUUCAGCGGACACGCUGCGGUAUCCACCGCCUCCCACCUCACCCCUCUCCCCCAUCCAUGGACUUGCUUCUUCGUUCCCUCGGUGACCGUGGGGGGAAGUUGGGCACCUCUCUGUAGACAUUUCUGUAUGACGAGGGCGCAGGUGGCCACCAAAGGUCGCAGCCAUGCCGAUGCAUCCAGUCACCUCCACGUUGAUGUACCGGGGCAUCUGCACCAUCCCCGACAUGCUCUACACCACCCCGGUGAACCUGCCCGAAGACGAAGUUGAAGAGAUCCGCGAGGCUUUUAAAGUGUUUGACCGUGAUGGGAAUGGGUUCAUCUCGAAGCAGGAGCUGGGAAUGGCCAUGCGCUCCCUGGGCUACAUGCCAAACGAGGUGGAGCUUGAAGUCAUCAUUCAGAGACUGGACAUGGACGGCGAUGGCCAGGUGGACUUUGAGGAGUUUGUCACUCUUCUGGGCCCAAAGCUGACGGCAGCUGGGUUGCCAGAUAAGUUCAACGGCACUGACUUUGACUCCGUUUUUUGGAAGUGUGACAUGCAGAAGUUAACGGUGGAAGAGCUGAAGAGGCUCCUCUAUGACACCUUCUGUGAUCACCUUUCCAUGAAAGACAUCGAGAACAUCAUCAUGACUGAGGAGAACCACAUAGCGAACCCUGACGACUGCCAGGUGGAUAUAGACACUUCCUGCCCGGCGCAGCAUGUCAAGCAAACUUGUGUGCGCAAGAGCCUGAUAUGCGCCUUCGCUAUUGCUUUCAUCAUCAGCGUCAUGCUCAUUGCAGCCAAUCAGGUGCUGCGGAGCGGCAUGAAAUAGGAGCAGCGGUAUCUUCAGCCUUGACCACCACCUAAAGGCUGCCUUACAAAUAAAUGACUGAAGAGAUCAUGCUUAAAAAAAACAACAACAAUCACACAGCUGUAAAACAGGCCGGCAUACGACUGCAAAAUAACUGGAGUUACAGGACACUACAUGUGGAGGAAUUUGUCUUAGUCUGAGACACCGGUGGACAGAUGACUAUACAUAUCACUCUUCGUAAUACAACAUUUAGUAUCCAUUAGCUAUGUGCAUUUGAGCAGUGUUGCAUUCAGUGUGGUGGCAGCUAUAAAGAGAAGUGUAGUGACUGUCCAGUUCUGUAUUUGUCUAUUGUACCAUGCGGUAUAUUAUAAACGAGUAGAAAGAAAUAUGUGAAACAUUGUGGGGACAUUGGAGAACAUGUAUUCCUGAGGCUGGAAUGUGUUGUUAUGUGCGAGGUCUGGAGUGCACGGCGCUGUGGAGAUAUUGUGUGCGGUGCAACUUUGUUCAAAAACCACUUGGGAAUGACAACAGCUUGGUAAAAAGCAAAUAAUAGGGUUUGCGGGGAGGUGCAUGCGAUUGUGUGUGGAUGGUUUUGUUCAUUCACAGGCUGCAGGGCUUUAGUUUGAGCAGGGUGAAGCAGGUUAACAGCUCACAGGAAGGAAGGUGUUGAGGUCUGAAAGGAUAGGUAGGCCGGCUGGUAAGUGGCUGGACAUGAUGCAGCAAACACUCGACUCUCUCUCUCAACUGCAGGGCUUUUGGGGGCCUCAGAGGAUGACCAUCAUCUAUGCAUGAAAUGCAUGGAUUUAGUCGUCUUGACACAUUUGUAAAAGUUCUUAUCAAUGUAUUAAUCAUUAUGACUGUGUAACAGCUGUUGUAUUACUUAAUGACAACUGUGAGCAAUUGUGUGUGCGGAGCGGGGUAUCGGCAAUCACAAAAGCAAAGCAUACGACUGCAUGAAAAAGAAGGGCUGCUUUAGAGUAUGAUCUUAAAAAUAGAAAAAGAUUUUCAGGAUUGCUAAACUGUGGACCUUUUGCCUCGCCGGCCGCCUGACGACCAUCCACUGCCACCCAAGAGCAAACUACUUCAAGAUGUGUGUCACUCAACCAUUUAAAGAAUAUGCAUCAAAACUGAUCUGGUUGGUAGUGCGGAUGCAAAAUGUGCAGGAAUGUAUUGUGUUCCUUUUCUUUUGUUGUUUUUUUUGUGUGGAUGCAUUGCUAUAGAGCAAUACAUGUGUGCAAAAUAGACAUCUCUCAAUGCUUUGGACGGACACGAAUCUUGAAAAACGUUAGCACCGAUGGACCUAUUAACUGUUGAGGUCAGAAAAGUUUCUAUAGCACUUUUCAAAUUGAGGAUUUGGCAAUACAACAGAGACAUUGAGGGAACCGCCCUCUUGUUCAGUGAGAUGCCGACAGAUGAGUGGGGGACGCGUGUGCCAGAAGCUGCCCAGUGCAUUGAAAUCUGACAGUGGCCAAAUGGUGUAAACUCUUGCAAUAAAACAUACCUAUCUGUGAAGCACCACAUGAAUUUCAUUGAGUGUAGUUUAGGUUGUGCAUGCAUCUGUGUUAGGUCUGUCAUUAUCAAUGUGUAUUGUAUAUAGAAACCAACUUCAACCAAAGCUUCGGAGGGUGGGGGUGGGGCGGGGGAGGGGGUGAUGGCAGAACUGGGCCACAUAACGAGAGCAAGCUCAGUAAACAACUGAUGAAAUUAACAUUGGAAUUAUUGAGAAGGAAACCAGAAAUCCUGCACAAGUCCGACAGUCACUUGUCACUCGUGUUCUGAUCAGUAGACCUUCAUCAGGAAAGAUUUAAUCUUACCUAAAACCAGGUAAAAAAAUGUAAAACCAAAUUUGAAUUUUUGACCAAGAUGUGUGGCCAAGACAUCUUUGGAAAGCCAAAAGAGAAAGAAAGGCCCUUGAAAAUGCCCUCAAAAACGACAUACUGCAAUAUAGGGAUGUAAAUAAUUCACAGCUUAUGAAUAUCCCUUUUUAUCAUCUCUAUUGGCAGCUCCCCAAACUUGGAUCUCACAAGAGCCAGAACCUCAGAGACAACACAAUUAGACGACUCUAUCGCCCAGAGCCAGGGUGGGACAACGAUUAUCUGAUGUACCCGGGCAAUUUAUCAAAAGUGUCAACUCUGUGGGGAACACACUCAAAACAAAACAAAAAACGUUUAUUAAAAGAUACCUGUUUCCAUUUUUGCACUUUAACAUGUGCUGCAGCGCACAACGGCAACUCACCGCCAUGAUUGAUCAUACAGUUCCUGAUAUAGUUUGAAAAAUUAAUUUACCAUAGAUGUAUCUAUUUUUGUGAUAAGAAUAUGAUGGAAUAGAAUAUUAACUGGCUGACAAAUUAUACUGUCUCAUUCGUUUUCUAUUAUAUGAGGGAGCAUUUCAUUUCAAGUUAUAAUCAUAAUUUGAUUUGUUGCCUUAUUCUUUGGAAUUGUGCAUAAGCAUUAAAUACACCAAUCAUAGAUGUAUUAUUUAUCAACAGAGCAAAAUGUGCAAACCAAUUUAUUUUUAUUUUUACCGAUGAAAAAAAAAUGUAUGAACAUAUUGAUAGUCUACUGAAUGUUCUAUUUCCAUUGUACUGUACUUUGAUACUUGUCUUUGAAUCUUGCAAAAAUGUUUAUUGACGAUGUGAUAUCUGUUCAUCGACUCCACCCGACGUUCUUCUUCUAUGUCUGUGGAAUGGUAAUUCACACAAAUAAAAUAACGACCAUCAUGUGUCCGUGAAA